CAAAAAUUUUUUGUUUGAUUUUGAAGAUUGGAAAACUAGCUGCUAUUGUAAUUAUCGGCAAGAUUUGGCUCGGUAGUUAAAUAUAAAUAAGUGAACUUGGAUUCUUAGCGAUUUGGAGCAUUUUCUUAAUAAAUUUGCUUGUUGGAUUUAAAACAAUGGGUGACUACAAGCAACUCAAUAAGAAGUUAGUCGAUGACAACAGAGUAUUAAAACAAACCAUUGCUGCAUAUCGAAAAGAAUUGGGCUUAAUACGUGCAGAGUUAUUGGAACAGCAUCGUAUACGUGUUGAAAGCGAACGCGCAUAUCGUGAUCAUGCGCUCUCGUUGGUAGCAAACGAUUUUAUGGCAUCAGUGCGUGACAUCGAUGCUAACAUUAAUGUGCCAGAAUUUGUAUAUAAUAGCAGUUAUGAAAGUUUAUGUUCAAGUUGUACCUAUGACCCAAGUACUGAAAAUGAUAACACCAGCUGCAGGCAUAGAAACACAAAUCUUGUUAGAGAAUUUCACCGGUCAAGGGCGUAAUUUUCCUAUACCUGCAAUAUAAAUAUUUUUCUUGAAAUACAUAAGCCGUUUCUUAUAAUCAAAUGUAAUGUAAGAGACGAAUAGCUUACAAUAUAGUAUUUAUCAAAUAUUGGGAAUACGUUUUAUUUAUUUUUGCGGCGUGACGAUUUCAAUUAAGCUUGAAAAUUGUUGAAUAAAAAUUUCAUUUUGUUUUGAACGGUUGUUUGUAAAUAACUAGAAGAAAAUGCCCAACAUUAAAUACUCACAAUAUUUAGAUAUUACAAAAUA